UCGCGGCGCACAGUCCGUUGACGUCACUCGUGCAGUGCAGUUCGUUCGAAUCGAAUAAUGGAUAGUUUUGCUGUCGUGCGUUCAAGUUAAUCGCGAACCAGUCUGUGUCGUUUGUUGAUCUUUUAUUCCGUCGUCGGAUUUAUGACUUUCGUGGUUAGGACAAGCGACUUCCGGUAGGAUUUGUUUAAAAUACUUUCUUCGCUGGAACCAUCCGGAUAUCAAUCGUUGGGUGGAUUUAUUGGAGAGGUUGGGUGAUUUUUUUGUGGAGACGUCCAUCAUUAAAAUGAAGGUGUGUUCGUGAGGGGUUAUAUUUUUGGUGUGGUAGUGUGGCUACUGUCAAAAAGUGGAACUGUCAUUCUGUGGCGAAGUGUGCUGUCAAUAAUGCAGCAACAUAAUCGGUUGUGAGUUUUGAAAAAAGGGUUUAGCAUUGAGAAGUUUUGAUUAUAGAAUGUUUGAAAUAGUACGGGAGCAUUGAAUUCAUUCAUUUUUGAGUUUAAAAACGACACCAGUGGCUGCAUGAAUUGGUUUUAUGUAAGAAUAGAUUUCUGAGCGCUUUGUAUUGCUUACACUUGGAUCGUUGUCAUCUCAUACAAAAGUUCGUAUAAAUCGAUUUUCUGUGUGCGCGUGCAUUGCGAAAGGAAGCAAGCAGCAAAGAAAUCAAAAGAUUCGAAAUCGAAACCCCCCUCUUCCCCGUCGUGUCGUGGCCAAGUCGCGUAUUUCGCUGUGUGAGUGCAAUCUCGUCCAACUAGAAGCUGCUGGUUUGGGGCCAACACCAAGAGUUUUCAAGUAGUCAUCAUCGCGGAAGAGCCCGUGAAAUAAGUGGAGAUUCCCACUAGAAGAAAUAAUAGGAAAAAAAUCGAGUGUCGUGUUUCUGCUAAGUGAACUUAACUCAUCAGGGAAUCCAUCCCGGAACAGCAUUCCCCACAACUGAUCUCAUUUAUCCAUUCUUUUGCGGUUGACAAGAAUCUCCGGAAGUUACUCUGGAGGUGUACCAUCAGUUCGCCAAAAUAGAGGACAACACAGAAACGAUGAAAAUGGAGACCGAUAAAAUAAUGGAUGAAACUAGCAACAACAGCAGUCCACAGUUUACAACCGCAAUACUGUACGAUCCGGCGCGGAAGAAAGAACCCUCGCAGUCGUUCCAGAAUGAGCGCGACGCCUGUCUCUCCUGUUUUGCCAAAUGGAACGAAGCAGACCAGGUCGAUUUCGUUGAGCAGCUGCUGUCCCGCAUGUGCCAUUACCAGCACGGACACAUCAACGCCUACCUGAAACCGAUGCUGCAGCGAGACUUCAUCACCCUUUUACCUACCAAAGGAUUAGACCACGCAGCGGAAAACAUUCUCUCCUACUUGGACGCAAAAUCUCUGUGCCGAGCAGAACGCGUUUGCAAAGAAUGGUCCCGUGUCAUAUCGGAGGGUAUGCUAUGGAAGAAGCUGAUAGAACGAAAUGUCCGAACGGAUUCCCUCUGGCGAGGCCUUGCCGAACGGAAAGGAUGGAUAAAAUAUCUAUUCAUACCAAGGCCGGGGGUGACGCAUCGACCGCACAAAUUCUAUCGGGAACUGUUCCCCAAGAUUAUGAAGGACAUCGAGGCAAUCGAGAACAACUGGCGCACCGGCAAUCACAACCUGCAGCGGAUAAACUGUCGGUCCGAGAACUCCAAGGGCGUUUACUGUUUGCAGUACGAUGAUGACAAGAUCGUGUCCGGUUUGCGGGACAACACUAUCAAAAUCUGGGACCGGAACUCGCUCCAAUGCUGCAAGAUUCUAACCGGUCAUACAGGGUCCGUGCUGUGCUUACAGUACGACGACAAAGUGAUCAUCAGCGGCUCCAGCGAUUCUACCGUUCGCGUUUGGGAUGUCAACACCGGCGAUAUGGUCAACACGCUAAUACAUCACUGUGAAGCGGUACUGCAUUUACGAUUCAACAAUGGCAUGAUGGUGACCUGUUCCAAGGACCGCUCAAUAGCCGUGUGGGACAUGACGUCACCGACGGAAAUUGCAUUGCGGCGAGUGCUGGUGGGGCACCGGGCAGCAGUCAACGUGGUGGACUUCGACGAGAAGUACAUCGUUUCGGCGUCCGGUGAUCGGACCAUCAAGGUGUGGAACACCUCCACCUGUGAGUUUGUGCGCACCCUCAACGGUCACAAGAGGGGUAUCGCCUGUUUACAGUAUCGUGAUCGUCUGGUUGUUAGCGGUAGUUCAGAUAAUUCCAUAAGACUUUGGGACAUUGAAUGCGGUACCUGUUUGCGGAUUCUCGAAGGCCAUGAAGAGCUGGUUCGCUGCAUCCGGUUCGAUUCGAAGCGUAUAGUGAGCGGCGCUUACGAUGGCAAGAUUAAGGUGUGGGAUCUCCAAGCUGCCUUAGACAUUCGGGCGCAGACCAACACGCUGUGCUUGAAGACACUGGUGGAACACACGGGCCGCGUUUUCCGGCUCCAGUUCGAUGAGUUCCAAAUCGUUAGCAGUUCUCACGACGACACCAUUCUCAUCUGGGACUUCUUGAACUGCUCGCAAAAGGAUGAAAACACUAACCCGCAGGCCUUGGUCCAGAUGGGCCGCAGUCCAUCACGUGAGUAUUCCUCUUCUUCUGCCGCCGGUGGUCGAGCUCAGCCUCAGCUAGAAACGGACGAUGAUGAUGCGUAUUGAACAUAAAAUGGGAAAAAAAUGUGUAAACAUAAACAUGAAAAAAUCUUCUGAUAACUAAUGCAGCCGUUUUCUUCCCGGACCUAAGAGGUUUCGUGGAGGAAUUUGAAAAAAAAAUGAAACAACACGCUAGAAAACCGGAAAUGGCCGACUGUUGAGAUGCAGAAUAGUACUAUGACAUUCGAAGCUACAAAAAAAUUAUAAUAUUACUACAACCAACACCACCACCCAUUGCUUACUAUCAUUUCUUCCUUUUUUCCUGAACUACCGACACAUUUCGCGCGUUGACACGGACCUGUUUGUCGAUAUUCGUUAGCUGACAUCAUGUAAGACUCCCAGGGAAAGAAAAUGACGAGCUGAUUGGGGAAAGUGAUUUGAUUCGAUUUGAAUGUUACGUGAGAAAGAGGCCAUGAUGCGGAUACUUCCGAAAUACGAAUCCGAGCGCAGCCCGGCCUAUAUGUACAUCUAUCUACUACAGAAAUAAGCGUGCAUGAAAUUGAAUCACAUACGACAGGUGGUGAACGGGUGCGAUAAAUGAAUCAAAAUGAAACAAAUGUAACGCUAGAAAAAGUUAAUGUGAGUUCCCAGAAUAAAAAUUUUUGAGUACCGUUUCGUGUAUAUUCAGUUAUAUCUUUACGGCUGUUUAUUGAUUCUGAACGGUACAGACAUUUAAGAUCACACAUUGUACGUGUUUUUGUAGGUUUCGAUAGUCUGACUAUGUUUAUUGAAGUUCGUACUGAGGAAACUGUGAGAACAACAUAAUGAGCUAUCGACCAUUUUAUUUUAUUAAACUUAUUGUUCGGAGUGAGCAAACGGUUGCAAUUUGGGCUAUUCUUGACGAACCAAGUUUUGACGGUCGCCAUCGAAGAAAAGUUUAGGGUUUUCUAAACUAAUACACGGUUGGUUAAGUUGUAUAGAUUCUCAAAUUUUUGAUCGCUGGCUCAUUACGUUGUUAAUCGCCACACCCCUCUUUCUCUCUCUUGAAGUUAGUUUAGCUGGGUAGGUUCUUGUUUUGUUAGGAAUCAAAUUUCGUCCAACCCUUUUUUCUGUUUUCUGCACCCAUUUGUAGACUUUUAUUAAAUCUUUAAACGUACGUAUAUGAACUAGCUUAUGUGUGCAUGUUUGUGCGUGUGUUGCCUAAACGAGAAAGUUACUGAAGCGAGGUAACUGGAUAGCUAAAAUUUUAAACUCCCCCAACUGUUUUUGGAAUAGCUAUUGGAGUUGAAUGUGUUCUAUGUGUGUUGCGGUAUGGGAGUGUCUUUGUUCCAGUUUGCUGUGGGAUAAAAUAGCUCAGACAGGCAUAUGAGAGAACCGUUGUUCAUUAGUGGUAGUGAUAUAAUUUAUGCAACUCUUCUGCGAGUAGUAUCUAUAGGAAUGAAGAAAUCAACAAUAAACAUACAAAAUUUACUGAUACAAAAAUGUAAAUCAUGUAACCCUAUCCCUUUCCUCUAUCCCAAUUUAAAAUUUAUACUUCCCCUUCAUAAAAUACAAGGAAAAACAAAAUAACUAAAGGAAAAUUAUACAUUUGGAUCCCGAUGGAAAUGACUAGUUGUUAUCUAUUAAUCGUUCCACGUUCAGGAUUUCAAGCAAAUCUAAGGAAACACAAAACAAAACUAAGAAGAUAUAUAAACCAGAAAAUUAUUCACACUGAUCUAGAUAACGUUAUAUUUGAAAAUAAAAAAAAUUGAAUGACUAAAAUGAGUAGGAAAAUAGUGGUGACUUUUUUUUAGGUGGCUCUAUGGUUGCCCACGGAGUACAGUCACAGGGCAACGGUGUUAAGCCGAGAUCUGAAUCUAACUUGUGGUUUAAUGUGAGACUUACUUAGGCAGAGGAGGGCGAGAGAGUGUUAUGUGGAGUGAUGCAAAAAGUAAAAGUAAGAAAAAAACAAACAAACAAAUGAAACAGACAUAAAAAUGAUGUGUAAAACCGAAUCUAGCCGAAAAUUGUUGACAGUAAAGCCAGACAACAAACAUAGAAAUAUAUCAAAUAAAAUAAAGCUGAAAACAAA